GCCUGUACGGACCGAGGUGUGUACGGACGGAGCCGGUACGGACCGAGGUGUGUGCAGAGGUGGCUACAAGGAACACAGCAGCGCAGGAACCACUUCCAGUUAAGACGCUACACAACCCCAACUGUUGUUGAUUGCUGAAUGACUACAGACAGUGAUUAUGGAUUACAUGAAAGCGAGUACAUCAUUUCCUGAUGCUGACAUGGACUUUGAUAAGAAUGUUCCCCGAAUAUGUGGAGUCUGUGGGGACAAAGCUACUGGUUUCCAUUUUAAUGCCAUGACAUGUGAGGGCUGCAAAGGCUUUUUCAGGAGAAGCAUGAAAAGGAAAGCGGCUUUCACUUGUCCUUUUAAUGGUGAUUGCAGAAUAACCAAAGAUAAUAGACGCCAUUGUCAGUCCUGUCGGCUGAAGCGUUGUGUUGAUAUAGGCAUGAUGAAGGAAUUUAUCCUAACAGAUGAAGAAGUCCAUAGAAAGCGGGAGAUGAUAAUGAAACGUAAAGAAGAGGAAGCACUACGAGAAUCACAAAGACCCAAAAUGUCAGAGGAACAACAAAAAAUUAUCGAUACUCUUUUGGAAGCUCAUCGCAAGACUUUCGAUGACUCUUACUCCGAUUUUUCUCAGUUCCGGCCACCGGUCAGAGAAAAUCCAUAUAGAAGAAUAACAAGAUCCUCAUCUGUCCAAACCAACAACUAUUCCUCAGACUCAGACUCCUUUAAUACCUCUCCAGAACCUUUUGACUCUGGCUUUUUCCCCAAUUCACUGUUCAGCAACUUCACCAGUAGCUCCUCACCUGAAGGUACCCCUGACCUCUCAAUGCUCCCUCACCUUGCAGAUUUGGUCAGUUAUAGUAUUCAGAAAGUUAUUGGAUUUGCAAAGUUGAUACCUGGUUUCCGUGACCUUGAUGCCGAGGACCAAAUUGCCUUGUUAAAGUCAUCUGUCAUUGAAGUUAUAAUGCUACGAUCCAACCAAUCAUUUACCUUGGAAGAUAUGUCCUGGACAUGCGGCAGUGAAGAAUUCAAAUACAAAGUAGAUGAUGUAACUCAAGCUGGUCAUAAUUUGGAACUUCUAGAGCCAUUGGUAAAAUUCCAGGUGGGACUGAAGAAACUGAAUCUCCAUGAAGAAGAGCAUGUACUUUUAAUGGCUAUCUGUAUUCUUUCACCAGAUCGUCCAGGGGUCCAAAACAAAGCACUUGUUGAAGCAAUCCAGGAUCACCUCUCCUCUGUUCUGCAGACUUACAUCCUCUGCAAACAUCCACCCCCAGGAAGUCGACUCUUGUACCCGAAGAUGAUCCAGAAACUGGCCGACCUGCGCAGCUUGAAUGAGGAGCAUUCCAAACAGUAUCGCUUCAUCUCUUUCCAGCCGGAGCACAGUAUGCAGCUCACUCCACUUGUAAUGGAGGUGUUUGGCAAUGAUAUUUCCUAAAUUGACUUUCAUUUACAAGGGAGCGUAAAUGAAGUAAAGUGUAAAAACUAAGUUGGGUCGUAAUUAUGUUUUCUGCUAUCGGAAAUGACUGGGUAUCUUGAGAGAUAAUUAGAUGCAGUUUUAUAUAGGGCAUGCUGUUCAAGACCUAUCUGGAGAAGAUAAAAUGGAUGGUUAACUUGCGUUCUGUAAUUUUGCUACAAAAAAGGGUACAUCCCCUUGUCAUGCUGUUGAUGUAAUGCAUGAAUAUAAGAAGCUUUGCCAUGUUGUGUGCCUUUUAGACAGCAAAUGGCACACUUUGUUAGCCUUUAUAAGCAUUUUUGCGUACAAAAGCCAUUGUUUGCUAGAUCUGAAACUUGACAAUUGCGUGUGCCAAAUUCUAAAGGGCUCUACAAGCCUUAAAGUCUUUAAAAUAUAUUUUAUAAUGUAAAUAUAUCUAGAAAAUAAUUAACCAAAGUACGUUCCCUUAUGUGUGUGAUGAAACUGAAGACAGAGAGGUGGACCUACUUGUCCUCUUGUGGGCAGAUUUAUUGUUUGCUGCUGAAGUCGGGUCUACUGAUCUCAUGAGGCAGAGAUUAUUACAGUUUCUUUCUUCAUAUUUCCAUGUUCACAUCUUGCAGAAAUUUCUUCAACUAUAAAUCCGUCCUGUACAUCUGAAUAGUCCAUGGUUUGUUUUUCCUCAAAUCUCAUUCAGAUCUACGGAACGGUUGCAGAAAUUUUUGCAACAAAUUUGCCUCACAUCAACACCUUUUAUGUGGAUGCCUAGUGUGCUUUCACACAUGGCAGAUUGUGUUGCAGACGAACAUUUUCUAGUGACUGAAUGGGGGAGUUUGGGCAGGAAUCACAUGGAUUUCUGCAAGCUGCAUUCAAUUGAAUCACAGAACAUUUUGCCACAUGACAAGGCAACCCAAAGUUAAAGGUGUAUUCCCAUCACAGACAAUGGGGGCAGGAUAUGGCUAGGAUAUGCCCCCAUUGUCUGUCUGAUAUUUUC